AUGACGGACUAUUUUCAAGAAAUGGGUUGGAGACCCUUGGGGGAAGGAGAACAACCUGACCACUUACUACAUUUUGCGAGACUUUUACGUGAUUUUAACAUGUUUGAAGAAUUAAAUGGCCAAAAAUUACCUCCACCAGCUUCUAAGGAGGUUGUAGAAAAUUUACCAAAUCAUACAAUAUCGGAAGAUGGUACGCAGUGCCCAGUGUGUUUAAAACCACAUGAAAAGGGGGAGGAGGGUAAAAAAUUACCCUGUAAUCAUGUUUAUCAUGUUGAUUGUAUAAUUCCUUGGUUAAAAAAAACCAACUCUUGUCCUUUAUGUCGUUUUGAACUAAAAACUGAUGAUGAGGAUUAUGAAGCAUAUCGUAAGGAAAAAAUUAGGGCAAAACAGAGAGAAGCAGAAUUAGAAUUAUUGCAUGAUUCCAUGUUUUCUUGAUUUACAAUUUUUUUACUUUUAUUUUUUUACCUAGGUAAUGGUUUUAUUUAAGUUUGUUGUGUUUAAAAUAAAUUAAAUUGAAUUAUAAAUUUUAUUAUAACCACAAAACAUUUCAUGUUUUCUCACAGAUCACAUACCCUAGUGGCAAUUCUGGAAAAGUCUUGGCCCAGCAUGGGUCAAUUGACCCAUAUCUUAAGAUACUUUGGACAGAUUUUUGCUCAAGAAUUGUUCCAGAUUCUUGGCCAAGAUUAUUGGGCAAGACUUGAGCCAGAAUUUGACCAGAAAUCUGAGGCCAUCUAUUGCUAAACUUUGGGACUAUCCUAUAGAGUAGAGGUUCUCAUUCUACAGUAGUAUCAUUCACAAUAAUGUAUACUAGUCGAGAAGUGAGUUCUCUGUAGGAAAUGAGUAUAGUUUUUUUGUUUAUGGGAAAAUACGAAUAAGAGCUUAUUGGAUUCGUCUUCUAGCUGAGAAAAAAAUUGAUUUUUUGAAAAAUAAAAAUUGUUAUUUCUAAAAAUCAAAAAUUAAAAAAAAAAGUGUGUGUCAGCUCUGACGCAUAACUAGAGUUUACUCUUUAUGAACAUGAAAAAUUAUAAAAUACAUGUUUAUUUUUACGGGCACCUGGUUUUUUUUUAACAUAGAAAAUUAAAAACUUUAACUCUUUCAAAAUUUGUUUUGUUUUUGUUUUCUAUUGUUUACCAGAUUUAUGGAUAAAAACCGAAUUUACUGGAAAGAAAUCGUGGAAAAUUAAUGUUUUUAGUAACAUUCUUAACUUUUGAAGUUCAACAAAAUUUUGUAUUGACCAAAAAUCUUGAAUUGAAAGUUCCUAUUUAACGUGUAAUCGUGUAAAAAUUCUUGGCCAAGAAUCUGGUUAAAUUCUGGUCACAGACUUGUCCAAGUCUGCCACCAGUCUGGAUAAAGAAUUUUGAUCAAGAGUCUUGGUCAAGAAUUGUCCAAUUCUUUACAAAGUGCUUCUCCAAGUAUCUUGACAAAGAAUCUUGUCCAAUUACAUUGCUACUAGGGCAGGCCCGUUCCUGGGGUGUCUGGCGCCUGCGUGCAGCAUUCGUUGGUGCGCCC